AUGUAUUCCUCUUCGGCUGCCCGACAUGGCUACCCGCACCACACCGGCCGACGCGGCUCGACGGCGAGCUCGAUACAUUCUAUAGGUGGAUCUCUCGAUACGUCGUCCAGUAGCUGGGCGAAUGCGGUGUUGGAAUCUGGGCAAAAUGCCAUCUCGACGCUCCUGCAACCACCCAUCGUUCGAACAGGUCUACAACCUCACACCUCUGCGCCCGCUUCGAGUGCCCAUAAACCCCCCACUUCUCGCGACAUCCCUCCUGUAACUCUUACGAACAUCCCUCAUGUCGACCCGUCUGAAUUCAAGCCAUACCUGUCGCAAGUUGGCGCACUUUACGAACAGCUCCGCCGCGUCAAAGAACAAGAAGAUGAACGUCCAGGCUCGGCAGGCCGAAGAUCGAGUAAACAUGACGAUUAUGGAGAACUGGAUGAGAGUCACUUGAAGCCAGCCGGUCGCCAACCAGCCAGGCGAAAGUCUUCCAUCGCCUCCAUUACAUCGAUAUCUUCUCUCGAAGGUCCCGGUCCGUUACGCCGUAGCAGCUCGGGACUAAGUCGGAAAGGUGGCCAAGGACCGCCUCCAUUGUCAACGAUUCCCAAUGUCUACUUUGACGACGACUUUCAUCUCGAGAAUCCCAGGACGUUCGAUGUUGUGAGCGAACGUUCGGAGGUUGUUCCUCCAGCACCAGGAAACACCGACGCUGGGAGCAAUGGAAGUGUUGUGGCACCCAGAAAAGCGCUGGCAACAAACGCGAUUCUCCAAGAGAAAUUGUCCUGGUACAUGGACACCAUCGAAGUUCAUCUGAUCAACAGUAUAUCAACGGCGUCGACCACCUUCUUUACUGCUCUGGGCUCGUUGCGCGAACUUCACUCGGAGGCGGCAGAGUCCGUGGACAGGAUCAAAACACUUCGAAAGGAGCUUGAAGCCCUCGACGAGGAAAUCGCCACGAAGGGCCUCAACAUAGUCCAGAAGCGCCGCCGGCGAGAAAACGUUCAAGCCUUGAACGAUGCCGUACUGCAGUUACGACAUGUCGUGGAAGGAGUUGCUGCAUGCGAGGCGUUAGUCGAUGCCGGUGAAAUCGACAAAGCUCUGAGCAACAUUGACACUCUGGAGCUACUCAUCGCGGGCGAGCACGAUGAAUCUGCAGAAGCCGAGGCGCCGAUAUUACCUGCGUCACGGCUCAGAGAUCUAAGGGGCGCAACGGCUUUACAAAGCGUUAAUGAAGACUUGCAUCAAUUGCGCUUCCGCAUUGGGCGAGCUUACGAAUCCAAGUUCCAGAGCUUGCUGCUUGCUGAUCUGCGCCACCACGUCGAAUCUGUCAGUUAUCGGGACGUUCUACUGCGAUGGAGCAGCUCGUCAGUGCGGGCCAGGGGCGGUGCUCUGCGAGAAGCGGCCUCAUUUCCUGCCUACCUUGGCUCAACACAAGAGCUGCGCAAGGCGGUUAUGCCAAAUAUUCUUGGCCUUCACCGAGCCCAGCACAUUGCAACUGCUAUAAGCGCUUACAGGGAAGCUGUUUUGCGCGAGGUGCGGAAUAUUAUCCGCAGGCCCAUGCCAAGCUCCAAUGACGACGAUAACGAAUCCAUGAUGUCCGCGUCUACAAUGAGUGGCGGUAGGCAGCGAACGAACCAGGAGAAGUCGUCCAUAUUGGCAAGAAAUCUCCGAGCACUAGAUCCAAAAGAUGCCGAGGAGUUGCUUAAAACUAUGUAUAUUGGCGUCACAGAAAUCCUGCGUCGCUUGACCACUCAAGUCAAGGUGCUGCUCGACAUCGCAAGCUGUCUGACUGAGGAGGCCACUGCGGCAGGGCUCAAAUCCCCGCCGAUCCGGUCGCCUCUUGCAAGCCCAACGCCAUUUGACCGAGAGUUCCCCAGGAUGGACGUCGCUCCAGGCAGCUUUGAAGUCCAAGAGGAAAUACACAAAGCAAUGGACGUCCCCAAUUUGGUUGGGCAAGCAGUCGACAUGGCCCAGGACAAGGUCUUGAAAGUUCUGAAGGUCCGGUCAGAACAAAGCACGCACCUGACACUGGGUUGGUUUCUGCGAUACUUCACGCUGAACCUUUACUUUUCCAAUGAGUGUGAAGCGAUUUCGGGACGAAGCGGCACAUCACUGAAGACCCUUGUCAAUAGCCACAUCAAAGAAUUCGUUCAGCAACACGGAGAAUCUGAGAAGCAGAAGCUUGCUCAGGGCAUGGAGUCGGAUCAAUGGAGUGCGAAGGACUUUGAUGAAAAAUCCAAAAUACUACUUGACCAAAUCCUCGAGAGCAGCACUAAGGAUGCAGCGGCAUGGACCGAAGGCACCAAGAUAUGGGAAGAUCAGCCCGACGAAGAAGCAUCGAAUGGAGUUGAUACAGCACUGGAGACAAACGGUACGAGCAAAGAAAAGGCGCGAACGGCAGAGAUUGAAGGGGAGGCGUUCUUACUACCGAAUGCUGCGAUUCUCUGCCUCGAGGGUAUCUCGCACUUCCUGCAUCUCAUUGGAAGCAUCCCGUCCAUGGCCACAGAUAUCGCAACCUCUCUCAUUACUUACUUACAGCUGUUCAACUCUCGCUGUACACAACUAAUUCUUGGCGCGGGUGCUACUCGAUCUGCGGGGUUGAAGAACAUCACAACCAAACAUUUGGCUUUGGCAUCACAAGCUCUAUCAUUCAUCGUCAUGCUGAUUCCCCAUAUCCGGGAAUUCGUCCGGAGGCAUGCUGGCUCAGGUGCAGGCGUAUCCAGCUUGAUGGGCGAGUUCGACAAGGUUCGCCGCCUGUUCCAAGAGCACCAGAACAGCAUCUACGACAAGCUCGUGGAGAUUAUGAGCGGUCGCGCGGCGGCGCACUCCAAGGCCAUGAAGGCCGUCGACUGGGACAACGACACAAGCCAAUCGACACACCCUUACAUGGAGACGCUAGCCAAGGAGACCACGACCCUGCACAGAGUGUUGAACAAGCACCUGCCCGAGAACUCGGUGCAGAUGAUCAUGGGUCCCGUCUUUGCAAGCUACAAAGACCAGUUCGGAAGGGUCUUGCAAACAUCAGACCCUAAGACGGACACUGGUCGUAAUAGCAUGCUCCGAGACGUGGACUUCUUCAUCGCAAAGCUCGGCAAGCUUGAUGGCUUCCGCGACGCUGGCGACUACCUCAAGGGCAUCAUCAACUCCAAAGAAAUCAAGACGACCCCGUCGCCUCCCUCGGAGAAGCAGGCAGACGGCGGAUCGGAAACAACGGUGUCAACCACCACAUCAACAGCUGAGCCGGGCAGCCGGCAAAGCGCAGAGGACGGGAAGACGGAAUCGCCUUCAGGGGCAGAGGAGGAGCCAAAACCGUCGUCGUGA